CAGAGAGGGCCCUGGGUUUGCUGAGGCCACACAGCAUGGCUCCCACUGGGUCUCCUGGCUCCAGCUCUUCCCACUACAGACCUUUCAUUCCUACCUCAAAAACACGGUUUCCACCCUCUGGUGAGUCUGUUUGGGAGAUUUUACUCCUAUUCAUGAGGUUAAAAAAGUGGAAGAUACAAGAAAAUGUAUGGCAAGAAAGUUGCAUGAACCCUCGUGCGUCUUUGCUCCUCUGUAUCCCUUCCCUGUCCCCCUUCUCCGUCCUUUACUCUCUGGCUGCGAGCCCGGUCAUCUGCUUCCAGCAGGAAUCUCCACAGGAGGCCUUGUACUUCCACUGGCAGCUCUGCACUGAUGGCUGUCAGAGCCGGAGGAGUGAGGGACCAGGGUGGCAUGUAAGCAUGGUGACAGACGGUGUUUGUGCAGGGAGCUCUCCUCAGCUCCCCUCGGCUCCCCUCAAAUGCUGCCUCUUCUGUCCUCAUACCCAAACAUGCGCCAAGUCUCAGUCCAGCUGGGAAGAUGUGACUUGGGGCUGCUCUGUGCUUACAAACGAGCCCUGCAGAGACAGCCGAGGUGCCCCUGCAGCUGCCCUGUGUCCCCUCCCUCUGUGUGCCUGGCAUCUGUCUACCCUGGGAGACACCAUGACCUUGCUUAGUAUCCCUCCUCCAGGAAGCUGCCCGAUGCCCACAACUGGGUCAAGGUCCCAUUCCCCCUCCCACACCCUCUGGACCUGCCUCUGUGGCAGCACUGAUCACUGUACUGUGAGCUUUGCCUCCUCGACUAGGCUGAGUACUCCAGGGGCCGAGGACUGUGUGACUUUGUACUCAGAAAGCAGCAGGUGUUCAAUAAAUGGUGAACUAGUAAUUGUCCAAAAUCCUGGUAAGCUUUGCACUGUGGCCUGGCUGGGUGGUGAGUUGGGGAGCCAACUGGGGGAGGAGUCCUCUUCAGUUGGAGUUUACACGCUGAAUCUCAGAUGUCCAGAAUGAAACCCUAGUCUCUUCGCAACGCCAAAGACACCCGUGAAAAUGUCCCUUCCUUUUUCUGUCUCCCUAUCUAGGCUGCCCUGCUCUCAUCAGAUGCUCUUUAGUGUGGCCUUUGAUCAUCACUUUAUACUAUCACUCAUCAUAAUAAAAAUUCUAAGGUUUAAAUCAACUUGAAUCUAUGAAUACCUUCUUUUGCUGCUGCCUCCAAAUUUCUGUGUCCACCCACCAUCCUUUGUUCUGUGUCACCUCACUUGGCUGUGCUGUCCUCACUGUUCCUCACCGGCCCUUACUGGAACUUAGCUGUUUCCCCUAAAACCAGCAACAUAAGGCAUUUGUGUGCUACUGAUUACACUGAAGGUUUGGGGAGGGGAAGCAUUGUAAGCCACAGAAGCGCAAUUUAAAAUAAAAUACU